GAGAGAGGCAAUGGGAAGAUCCGCUUGCUGCUCAAAAGUGGGAUUGAGGAGAGGGCCAUGGUCUGCCAAAGAAGACUCUCUUCUCUCCUCUUACAUCCAACAACACGGCGAAGGCCAAUGGCGUUCUCUCCCCAAAAAAGCAGAGCUGCUGAGGUGUGGAAAGAGCUGCAGAUUGAGAUGGAUGAACUAUCUACGGCCAGGGAUCAAGAGAGGCAACAUAAGCGAAGACGAAGAGGAUCUGAUCGUGCGGCUGCACCGCCUCCUCGGGAAUCGAUGGUCCCUGAUCGCCGGCAGAUUGCCAGGUCGAACCGACAAUGAGAUUAAAAACUACUGGAACACUCAUCUCUUCAAAAAACUCAAUUCCGAUUCCAAACCACCACCACCACCCUCCACCGCAGCUAAGAAAAAGAAGCCGUCUAAGAAGACCGCCGCCACCGCGCCGCCGGAGAUCGAAACUGCUAAAGUCUUCUCGCCCAAACCUACUAGAAUUUCCUCUGCUUUUCUGAGGAACGAGAGCUACGACAGCUUGGGCAGCAGCAGAUCGUCGAGCAGCGAGGUCGUGGCGGCGGCGGCGGCCGCCGUGCCGGAGAUGGAGUUCUACCACUUCUCCGAUUCGUUCGGCGGAGAGAUGUGGGAGCAGGUGUACGCUGAGUAUAUGCAGCUUCUUUAAUUAAUUAAUUAAUUAAUUAUAGUAAUUAAUUAAAUAAAUAAGUGGAUGGAAAAAAGCAAAACUGGCGGCUUUUAUCGUUUUAUUAUUGUCUCUUUAUGUCUGCGCCUCAUCAUUAUUAAUUCUAUUAUUGCUACUACUAUUUCUGCUUA